AUGGCGGAACCAGGCUCAACAACCCCCGAAGAGGCCUUCCGGCAAGCCGGGUUGGACGUGCUCCUCCCCUCGGACGAAGAGUACACCGUCCGGCAGGAGAGCUACUUCUCCCGGAGCGCCGCCCAGCUCGCGCCCGCUUGCAUCGUGCGGCCGCGUUCGGCCGCCGACGUCUCGCGCGCCAUCCGCAUCCUGACCCAGGGGCGCCACACUUUUGCCAUCCGCAGCGGGGGCCACGGCACCAAGGUCGGGGCCAGCAACAUCGCGGGCGGCGUGACGCUGGAUCUCGGCCGGCUGGACUGGACGAGGGUGGUCGAGGAUGAGGGUAGGCAGGGCGAGCCCGCGGUGGACAUCGGGCCGGGUGCGCGCUGGUCGGACGUGUACGCGUCCCUGCACGAGCGCGGCCUCGUGGUGGCGGGCGGGCGCGAGGGCGGCGUGGGCGUGGGCGGUCUCGUGCUGGGGGGUGGAAACACGUACUUCACCGCCCGGCACGGUUUCGCGUGCGACAAUGUCCUGGCUUUCGAGGUGGUCCUCGCGGAUGGCCGCAUCGUCAACGCGACUGCCGAGUGCCAUGCCGAUUUGUUCUGGGCUCUCAAGGGCGGGUCUAACAACUUUGGAGUCGUGACUAAUAUCCGGAUGAGGGCGCUGAAGGGGGGUCCGGUUUGGGGCGGGCUGACGCUCUAUCCGUGGCAGGUUGCGCCUCUGGCGGCCGAGGCGUUGACGGAUUUCACGAGCCGCGUUCAUGAGGACAUAGACAGUAAUCUGCUCUCAUUUUUCCCCGAGCUGAAACAAGUCGCCAUCGUUGCCGUCUUCGUUCAGGUCGCGGGCGUAAAGAAUGCACCGGCAUACGAAAAAUGGUUGGCGCUACCGUCCAUUCAAACGGAUUGCAAGAUGACUUCGAUUUCGGAAGUCGUGGCAGGAAACACCAUGCCAAGCGGAUACCAUCAAAUCUGGUUCACCGGCACCUUCAAAAACGACACCCGCAUCGUCUCCAAAGCUGCCUCGCUGCACGAGGAACUGGUCGAGGCGCUCAAAACGUCAGUGGCCCCAGACGGCGACUUCUGGGCUCUGUGUCUCUUCCAGCCGCUCCCCAAGAUCAUGACACAGCGGGUCGGCAGCGACAACGCACUGGGGCUCGCACGCCAGCAACACGACGGCCUCCUCCUUCAGACGACGGUCAUGGUGCGCACAGGGGAGCAGGAGAGAAUGGCGUACCCAAAGUGCAAGGCCUUUAUGGAGGCCAUGCGCGACUUUGCGGGGUCGGCCGAGAUGGGGGGCGAUGGCAACUUGGAGUGGGAAUACAUCAACUACGCUGACGAGAGCCAGAACCCCUUGGCGAGCUAUGGUGUCGAGCAUGUGGAGAGGUUGAAGGCGGUGUCGCGCGAAUAUGACCCGGAGCAAGUGUUUCAGACACUCUGUCCCGGCGGGUUCAAACUCGCGCGUGUGCCAGUUUAA